GUGAUUCAACUGCUCAUCGCGCAUAUGAUGGACUUCAGUUGGGACGAUAGCAAUCGAAUCGUGCAACGAUCGUUGCUGAUCAAUCUGCUCGCUGAACUGGUGAAGAGUUACAGUGCUGUGGCGAGUUUGUUGGUUGAAGCACCGCAACAUCACACAUCACAAACACUGCUGUUGACUCUGUUGGAUAAAUGUAUCACGACGACGCCUGCGAAUGGCAAUACGGGUACAUCUUCAUCAUCAGCGACGACGAAUCAUUUGCUGAGUGCAAUCAACGGUUUGGUGAUGGCAUUAGCAUCGUGCAACCAUUCACCCAAGGCUCAAGAAAGUUUGGUAGUGGAUAUUGGAAGUGCGUUACGAUUGGCAUAUGCGGAAACAGAUCCAAAAGUGGCCACUACAAAG